AUGUCGCCCCUUGAUAUGUUCCUCACCAUGUAUUUAGUUCGCUAUGUUGUAUGUGACGUUCGAGAUGCCGCUCUUUGCGGUGUGGUGUCGCUGCGUGAAAUCAAUGCACGUGACAAUCAGCGGUCGUCUGUCAGGCCUCAUUUGCAGACUCAUUGGCGUCCGCGAGUCCAUUUACACACAAAGGUGCCGCCACGCCCACAAAACACGCAGAUUCCCACACUCAAAGAUACCACCACGCCCACAAAGGUGCCGCCACGCCCACAAAACACGCAGAUUCCCACCCUCAAAGAUACCACCACGCCCACAAAGGUGCCACCACGCCCACAAAACACGCAGAAUCCCACACACAAAGAUACCACCACGCCCACAAAGGUGCCGCCACGCCCACAAAACACGCAGAAUCCCACACACAAAGAUACCACCACGCCCACAAAGCUGGCGUUGCAAGUCCCAAUGUUGCAUAUUUCAACCCAACGCUACCCUGCAACACUGGGCACAGGUUAA